AUGUUUCUCUCGCCCGAGAACUUCCAUCUCAAAGUCAAGAAACUAUUUGCCGCUGUAGCCUCGCAAAAAGACAGGUUUUGGCAGGCCAACAGCGAAUUGAAGCAUCUUGAUGUGAAGGUUCAAGUAGACAAUAUCGUGGCUCAAGACGAGUCAGCGGGUCCCAAGGAUAUUUUCUACGACCCUCGGGUCACCAUCUCGGUUUAUAUGAACGAGUUGCAGCAAAUCGGAGAUACGCCUGAACUCCCCACUCUUCCAUUUCACUGGGUGGACUGGGUCGAUGUGUCCAUGCCGGCUGGCAUUCCCCACAUCGAGGAUUUCUCGUGUAAGCGGCUCCGGCUCAGAAUCAAGGGCCAGCCGGAUGUCGGUAAGUUCUGCAAAGAUCGCAACGAUAUCAGCGACGAGGAGUUGGAAACGUUGGGAUUCAAGAACAGGGACCAGCUUCCACAGGCCGUGAUUUUCGACCACUGUCCCCAUGAGAACCCUGCCAAUAACGACGUGCGUGUGUUCAUGGCCAAGUCGCACACCAUGUCGUACUUGCCCAAGCCUUUCAAAGUGAUUCUUUUGAACGAUGCUAAGAGAGGAGGCACCUACGAGUUCAUAGUCAACCAGACAACAGGCACGAGUCAGCGGUUGCUCUAUGGCGAGAUGUCCAAGCGGUUUGUUCUGACCACCCUUGAUGUCCCACUCGAAGAAGCGACCGAUCAUGGACAAGAAAUCAACAUCAAUCCGAAAACAGUGCAUCAAGAAUUGCUUGGCUCGGUGACUCCUCACUAUUUGGCAGAAGACGCAGACCCUAUGGGCAUGUCCCGCAUCGUGAAAAGCAAGCCCGGAACGAACAAGGAUAUCAAAUUGGAAGAAAAGCACUUUGACUAUCCAAAGGAGAGGAUCCAGGAGCAGAUCGAUGCUCUUGAGAAACAGCCUCUGCGGGAUGUCAUGGAGCAGGCCUACUUGGAUGGGCUCAAAACAUGUGCCAUGUACGACGGCACCAACGAGCCCACGUACUUCAAAAUGGCGCUCUUGAACAUCCAAGAACGCAGGAACAUACAAAACGACUGGGGCUGGCACUAUGACUGGCGGUUCUUCAAUGAUGCGCUAUUCUAUGACAGGAUAGGCUGGACCAAGGCAGAGAGAAUCGAGAGAACGAAUAUCAUUCUCGAGCGUUUGCUGAGAAACUGGAACCGGUUUGCCGAGGAAAAGGGCAUUGUUUCCUGGAUCAUGCACGGCCCGUUGUUGGCCUGGUACUGGGACGGCCUCAUGUUCCCCUACGAUGUGGAUAUUGACAUCCAGAUGCCAAUCUCCGAGUUGGUCAGACUCGGCAGGGAUUACAACCAGACUCUUGUUGUUGAAAACCCGUCGGAAGGGUACGGUAAGUUCUUGAUUGAUGUCGGCACUUACAUCCACAACAGGGAAAGAUCCGACACCGGAAACCACAUCGAUGCUCGGUUUGUGGACGUGGACUCUGGAAUCUACAUUGACAUCACGGGUCUCGCAAAGUCAAGCAUGAACUUGCCUCAAGAGUACAAAGAUAACCCGAUCGUCCAAAAGGCUGACGAUGACGCUGCUGCAGAGGUAUACAACGACAGACGUAAGCAUUUCUACACGCUUCCGCAGCUCCUGCCGCUCCAUUAUUCCAUGAUGGGCGGAGUGCCGUUGUAUAUUCCAAACCAGAUUUCAGACAGAUUGAAAUGGGAAUACUCGCACGGCACGGAUAGCUACGAAUUCCAUGACUGGUUCUUCGUGCCCAAGCUCCAGCUCUGGAUCACCAAAGACAAGUUGACCGCCAUUUUCAAUGAAGAGGACUACCAGAACGAGGAUGGAAACUUCGACAUUCAAACAAUGGUCACUCGCAUCCAAGCCAUGGAUGAUGACGAUGGUCUUGAGCUCUUGGAGGACGACGAGACAUUGGCGGAAUACUACCUUACGAGCAAGUUCACGGACUGGCAUUUGCAUGAGAAAGCCAUUCUCUUCACUAACGAAGGCAAAGAUAACACCACGGCCUUCGAAGACCCACGUACGCUAGAGAUGUACAAUAAUUUGGUGGGUAAAGUCGGCUUUUCUAAGCCUCUCAGAAACUCGCUUUUUGAGUACGAGGCAUUCGAACGGACGGCGCAUUCUUAG